AUGAGCCCCUGGCAGCAGCGCCCGCCCAACGGCAGCGCCGCCGGCGGGCCGGGCCCGCGGGGGAACGGCACGGGCCGGGCGGCCGAGCGCGGCAGCGCCGCGUCCGCGGCCAUCCCGCUGACCAUGAUGCUGACCGGCAUCGUGGGCAAUGCCCUGGCCAUGCUGCUCGUGUCCCGCAGCUACCGCGCCAAGGGCAGCCGCAGGAAGCGCUCGUUCCUGCUGUGCAUCGGCUCCCUGGCGCUCACCGACAUGCUGGGCCAGCUGCUCACCAGCCCCGUCGUCAUCUCCGUGUACCUGUCGGGCCGGCCCUGGGCGGCCAUGGACCCCUCGGGCCGCCUCUGCGACUUCUUCGGCUUCAGCAUGACGGUGUUCGGGCUGUGCCCGCUGCUGAUCGCCAGCGCCAUGGCCGCGGAGCGGGCCCUGGCCAUCCGCGCCCCGCACUGGUACGCGAGCCACAUGAGCCCGCGGGCCGCCGAGCGAGGCCUGCUCGCCAUCUGGGCCGCCGGCCUGGCCUUCGCGCUGCUGCCGCUGGCCGGGCUGGGCCGCUACGCGCUGCAGUGGCCCGGCACCUGGUGCUUCAUCAGCGCGGCCGGCGGCAGCGCCUUCGCCGCGGCCUUCGCCGCGCUGGGGCUGCUGUCCCUCGUGGUCACCGGCGCCUGUAACCUGGCGACCAUCGAGGCGCUGGUGGCUCGCUGCCGGGCCAAGGCCCGCGCGGCUCAGCCCGGAUCGCGCUGGGGCCGCAUCGCCACCGAGACUCUGCUGCAGCUGCUGGGCAUCAUGUGUGUGCUGUCCGCCUGCUGGUCACCGCUGCUGAUCACCAUGCUGAGGAGGGUGUCGGAGCAGGCGGCCGGGCCGUGCCGGGGCGAUGCCCGGCGCUGGGAGCCACACGAGGAGUGGCACAAGGAGUGGCACAAGGAGUGUGACCUGUCCCUGACCGCCGUGCGCCUGGCCUCCCUCAACCAGAUCCUGGACCCCUGGGUGUACCUGCUGCUGCGCAGGAUCCUGCUGCGCCGCUUCUGCCAGGCUGCCAGCGCCGUGUCCAAGUGCUCCAACGCCGAGGACAGGGACAGAGCCAUCACCCUGUCCCACCAGAUCCGCCGCACCACGGCCUGA